AUGGCAUUGUUGAUUUCCAAGGGUACCGUCGAAGUAACCAUCAGGUAUGCAGAAUCGACUGCUUAUAAUGAAGAAUAUGUAACAGAACCUGACAUAUACACUUAUGAUGAUGAUAAAAUAUUUUUAAAUUAUACGGGAUAUUAUGCAGUAAUAAGCGCAACAAUGGGUGAAUAUAUCAUUGACUCUGGAAUCAGCAUACAAAUACCCUUUUGUGAAAUAUUGGACUUUGGGGCGGGAGCUUUUGUAAGCUUGUUGGGAUUUACUGAUGAUAAUUGCCCACCUAAACCGGGUGUAUACGGAAAUGAAGCUUAUCUCUUUCCAACAGAGGAGUUCGGAGAUGAUUUUCCCUCAAACCAAUAUAAAGUAGUUGUUGAAUUUAUAAACGAGAAUGAAUAUAUAAUGGCGUUGAGUAUAUUCUUUGACAUUAAAUAA